CACGUCACGUGACGUGUAACAGGAAGUAAAUAAACCGCCUUCCCGCGCAGUCAAAUCUGUUCAACAAGGCGUCCGUAGUCGCAGUUAAUCAAACAAUAAUGGACGAGCUUUAUCUGGAUAACAUCGACGAAUAUGUCAACGACCACAACAAGAUAGUGACCUAUAAAUGGCUGAGUCUCACACUGGGAGUCCAUGUCAACAUAGCGAAACAGAUGCUCUUCCAUUAUUUGGAUCACAAGAGGAAGGAAAGUUCAGCUCAGCUUCAUGCCACCUAUCUCGUGUCGGGGAAGUUUGUCGACAACGGUCAAACGAGUCACAAGGUGUCAGUUGUCAAAGAGGACCAGUUGGAAGAUGUCAAAUCCAAGAUGAGCCUGGUUGUCAGUGUCCACGUCUACAGCGUCCAGAAGGCUUUACUGAAAGACAGCGGUCCCCUCUACACUGUUGACUAUGAUGCUGUGAAAGACAAUCUGAAGAACUGUAGCAAAUACAGUGCGAUCCGCUGUGCCAGCGCCGUCCCCGUGUCUUCUGUGGAGCUGCAGCAGCAGAGAGAAAUCAAUUACGCUCCUCCACCAGAGCUGGAACACAAGAAAUCUGGCAUGAAUGGAGAAACUAACGGGACUUCAAAAUCUUCUACCAAGCCGCAGAAAGGCAUCAUGGGAAUGUUUGCAAACAAGACAGCUCCUAAAAGCACAAACAGUGACAAAGACAAUAAACUGGAGCAGAAGGAGGAAGCGCCUGUGGAUGAUGCUCCCAAAAGUAAAGCUGCCGCAAAAGCCAACCCGAUGAUGAACUUCUUCGGCAGUCAAACAGCAAGGAAACCAGAAAAAACUGUGAAGGAGAAGGAGGAGGAAGCAGAGCCGCAACGUCAGACUUCACAGCCUCAAGAAAAGCAAGAAGCUGCUGCAGUGGAGCCGACAAAAGACACUAAGAAAGACUCCAGGAGCAAAACCAAGCGAUUAGUGGAUUCUGACAGCGAGGAGGAGAAAAUGGAGAAGAAAAGGAGACGGAGGAUUAAGAAGCCUGUCCCGGACAGCAGUGAUGAAGAUGUUAUUCCAGAUUCUCCACAGCAGAUGGAAACAAGAGAACCAUCACCGCCUCCUAAGAGGGAGGCUGAGUCUGUUUCACAUUCACAUCAGACGAGUUCUGAUAUGAAGAUAAGAAAAAGGAGACGAGUCCUGAAAGCUCGCACCUUUGUAGAUGAUGAAGGAUGCAUCGUCACAGAGAAGGCCUACGAGAGUGAAUCCUACUCUGAAACGGAAGACGAUUUUCAGGCCACCAAACAAGCCCCAAAAGAUCCGUUCCCAUCAAAACCACCUGCGAGUAAGAAACAGGAGGAGAAGAAAAGCCAGAAGAAAAUGUCGGCCAGUGCAAAUAAAGGCGGUAAACAAGCUUCCAUCAUGGGCUUCUUCCAGAAAAAAUGAUGGAGAGCGGCGUCUGACACUUUCAUUGGCACUGAGGAACAAACGAGCACCGCUGCAGACUUUCUGUAACGAUCUUUCUGUCAGACUGACGGCUGAAACACAUGACGUGGACUACUGAGGAAUGCAAAUGACUUCCAACAAGCACUUCAACACCAUGGACGUGCACCAUUCAGGAUGACAAACAUUUUUCUCUUCCCCUUUUGUGUGAACACAUGUUCUGACCCACACAUUAAACAAACAUUAAAAACUGAAAAUAAA